AUGACGCGGGGCCCCUCGAUCAGCGAUGAUACGGCCUCGCUGCUGUUGGCGACGAAGUCGAAUUACCAGAAUAUCCUCGAGGGAACCCAUCUCCCCGGUAUCUCGUACCCGACGGAGUUGAGCACCAACUUGACGUCAAAGCGGACGAGUCAUAAAAUUGCGGAGCAGGGGAGGAGGAAUAGGAUUAACUCCGCGUUGCAGGAGAUUGCGACGCUUUUGCCGGGGAGUGCGGCGGCGGGGAGUGGGAGUGGAGAUGCGGAGGGUGGAGAGGGAGAAAAGGGGGGGGGGAAGAAUCAGCAGCAGAGUAGUAGUAGUAAGGCGAGCACGGUGGAGCAUGCUAUUGAGUAUAUUAAGGCGCUGAGGGGGGAGGUGGAGGAGGCGACGAGGAGGGCGGAGAGGGCGGAGAAGGCGUUGGCGGAGCAGCAGGGGGCGGGGGCGAUGGAGACUUAG